AUGGGAAAUAAGGCGGGUAAAUUGGCGAAGGAGAAGCUUCACCACCCCUCCUUUUUCUAUGAGGGCGUCAAGGCAGCUCAUGAAGGUCGCUACUGCACAUCAGAAAUUUACUUUGAAAAUGCGUUAGAAAGUCAUCCUGGGCGGGAAUUCUGGGUAAAAUUGCAUAAGGGGAUGAAUGUGGUCGACACCAUUGUAAAGCACGUUAAUGAAAAUGACUCGGAGGUCAACAAGACAAUCUGCACUGAGGAUACAACGUUAGAGUUGUUUUUGGAUGAGCGGGCAAAUCAUGUCCUGGACUAUAUUCGUCUUUCCAUGGAUAUCAUGCAUACCUAUCUAUCUUUGAGUCCUAAUAGAGUCAAUGGCGGUAUUGCGCUUGGCUACUGCAUGUCCAUCUGCCGAGGGACUCGCGAUCUGAACCAUCUUCUUACGAUUUGGGCGAGGGAGGCCGGCAAGUCAUUCAUGUCGCCUGAGAUGGUUGCGAACACCGUGAACCCCUUCAAAAAGGUCAUGAACGAGAAUAAAGGUGAAGAGUGCGUGGCGCUGUGCACAGUCGUGACCACCAUCUGCCUAUUUCAAUCCACCAUCCAACACUACUGGAUAUGUGCAUGCAUCAAUUAUUGCAUCCUCAGCCUACAGUUCGCGGAGCACUUGGAAGGGAGGUCACAGCUGAAGCAUAGAGGGAGGGUCUAUGCCAACGUCAUUGAUCUCGCGUCGGCCGCGAUGUACAAUCUCCAGGAGUUGAGCAAUCGGCUCGAGUACACCAACGCCGCGAAGGAUCUAAAAGCGCGCAUGCCAAAGGUCACUUUCACGCCGUUUUUAUCGGAGAACCUCACCUCGGAGAAUGGCCUACAUUAUCAGGCCACCGAGACCAACACGCGCUGCAGCAAGCAGAGCACCAGAGACGUGAAGCCGAGUAUUUUCACCACGAGCACCGUCACGCAGCCCUUCUUCUACCAGGGCAGGCGGGUUAAUGUUGAUAGCAAGCUCUCGCCGUACGUGCGUGAAGAUCCACCGAUUCGCCUUGUGGUGAAAACCCAGGUCUCGAGGGAAUCCCUCGCCCGCAUCCGGUCUGCGGGGAAGCGAGAUACCUAUUUUUACCUAGCGUGGUUCUUCAAGAGGUCCGUUUCCAUAGUACCUGGGCAUAGCUUACAUUUCUUGCGGAAGGAUUUGCCAUAUUACGUUGUCAAGCUUGAAAGCUUGUGCAAAAAGUCUACAAGAGGGCUUGGCUCGGUCGAAACCGAUAUGACAAGCAUUAUCAUCGAUCGGGAUCUUAACUCCCCCUCGGACUUCUUCCAAGGAGUUCGUCUCAAAUUGAAUUCGGACGAAGAUGAAGGGGUUAAGGACAAGGCGACCGAAAAUGAGACUGGGGGCAAUGAAAACCAUUUGAUAGCCAUGGAAGUCUGUGAGACCGUCAACACGGAUGACAGGGGCGCUCAGGACGAGGUGAAAACCAAUCUCCAAAACUACGAAAAUGUAUAUCUUAACUUUAAGGAUGACACCACACUGCGUCUCUUGACUAUCGAAGAGGCUUUCCUCACGCAAUCAAUUUUUGCUUUCAUAAAGGCGAAGAUCCUGAAAAGGAAGAAAUACUUUGAGGAUGCCGAACGAUUAAAUGAAUUUGUGAGGAGCACUUCGGCUAACUUCUACGGUACCAGUUCUCAUGAGGUAGAAUUUCUAUUUAAUAUUGAAAGUUAUAUUAACAUUUAA